UUUGGAUAGUACUUUAGUGGCACGAUGUACUCUGAGUGGAGGUCCCUGCAUUUGGUGAUUCAGAAUGAUCAAGGCCAUACCAGUGUGCUGCACAGCUAUCCUGAGAGUGUUGGUCGAGAGGUGGCAAAUGCAGUGGUCCGUCCUCUUGGACAGGCCUUAGGGACCCCUUCAGUGGCUGGUAGUGAGUGUUUGUUAAAAACUGACAAAGAGGUAAAAUGGACCAUGGAAGUAAUUUGCUAUGGACUAACCCUUCCAUUGGAUGGAGAGACUGUAAAAUACUGUGUUGAUGUUUAUACAGAUUGGAUUAUGGCUUUAGUGUUGCCGAAAGAUUCUAUUCCAUUGCCAGUUACUAAAGAGCCUAAUCUGUAUGUCCAAAGUAUAUUAAAACACCUUCAAAAUCUUUUUGUACCAAGACAGGAACAUGGCUCCAGUCAGAUCCGAUUGUGCUUGCAGGUUCUGCGAGCUAUCCAGAAACUGGCCCGCGAAUCAUCCAUCAUGGCCCGAGAAACCUGGGAAGUGUUACUUCUGUUUCUUCUGCAGAUAAAUGAUAUACUUCUGGCCCCACCAACUAUUCAAGGUGGCAUUGCCGAGAAUCUAGCAGAGAAGUUGAUUGGUGUUCUCUUUGAGGUUUGGCUCCUAGCUUGUACUCGGUGCUUCCCAACACCUCCUUAUUGGAAAACAGCCAAGGAGAUGGUGGCCAAUUGGAGGCACCAUCCAGCAGUGGUGGAACAGUGGAGCAAGGUCAUCUGUGCGCUCACUUCAAGAUUGCUACGCUUUACGUAUGGUCCUUCAUUUCCUCCAUUCAAAGUUCCUGAUGAGGAUGCCAGUCUGAUACCUCCUGAAAUGGAUAAUGAGUGUAUUGCACAGACAUGGUUUCGGUUUUUACAUAUGUUAAGUAAUCCUGUGGAUUUGAGCAAUCCAGCCAUUAUAAGCUCUACUCCAAAAUUUCAGGAACAGUUCUUGAAUGUGAGCGGAAUGCCACAAGAAUUGAAUCAGUAUCCCUGCCUUAAACAUCUGCCUCAAAUUUUUUUUCGUGCCAUGCGAGGAAUCAGCUGUUUAGUGGAUGCAUUCUUAGGCAUUUCCAGACCCCGAUCAGACAGUGCUCCCCCAACCCCUGUGAAUAGAUUAAGCAUGCCUCAGAGUGCUGCUGUCAAUACCACGCCACCACACAGCCGGAGGCACCGAACCGUUACUGUGAAUAAGGCCACCAUGAAGACCAGCACGGUUAGUACUGCUCACGCGUCGAAAGUUCAGCACCAGACAUCCUCCACUUCCCCUCUGUCAAGUCCAAAUCAGACUAGUUCAGAACCCCGGCCAUUGCCUGCCCCUCGGAGACCAAAGGUUAACAGCAUCUUGAAUCUCUUCGGAUCAUGGUUAUUUGAUGCAGCAUUUGUUCAUUGUAAACUUCAUAAUGGGAUAAACAGAGACAGCAGCAUGACUGCCAUUACAACACAAGCUAGCAUGGAGUUUCGACGGAAAGGGUCACAAAUGUCCACAGACACCAUGGUUUCCAAUCCUAUGUUUGAUGCAAGUGAAUUUCCUGAUAACUAUGAAGCAGGAAGAGCUGAGGCUUGUGGGACACUGUGUAGGAUUUUUUGUAGCAAGAAGACUGGAGAAGAGAUUCUGCCAGCGUAUCUAUCCAGAUUUUACAUGCUUUUAAUUCAAGGUUUGCAGAUAAAUGAUUAUGUGUGCCAUCCUGUGUUGGCCAGCGUUAUUCUAAACUCUCCUCCUUUGUUCUGCUGUGACUUGAAAGGGAUUGAUGUUGUGGUCCCUUACUUUAUUUCAGCUCUUGAAACCAUUUUGCCUGACAGAGAACUCUCAAAAUUCAAAAGCUAUGUAAAUCCAACAGAAUUGAGACGAUCUUCCAUUAAUAUCCUACUUUCUUUGUUACCCCUCCCUCAUCAUUUUGGCACAGUCAAAUCUGAGGUGGUCCUGGAAGGAAAGUUUAGUAAUGAUGACAGCUCUUCAUAUGAUAAACCAAUAACUUUUCUGUCUCUGAAGUUGAGACUUGUGAAUAUUCUAAUUGGUGCCUUGCAGACAGAAACAGACCCAAACAACACACAGAUGAUACUAGGGGCAAUGUUAAAUAUUGUUCAAGAUUCAGCACUUUUAGAAGCCAUUGGCUGUCAAAUGGAGAUGGGUGGUGGAGAAAGUAACCUGAAGAGUCACAGUCGAACUAACAGUGGUAUUAGUUCAGCAAGUGGUGGAAGCACAGAGCCCACAACUCCCGAUAGUGAAAGACCCGCUCAAGCUCUCCUAAGGGAUUACGCUCUUAAUACAGAUUCAGCUGCUGGGCUCCUGAUUCGCAGCAUCCAUCUCGUCACUCAGAGGCUCAACUCGCAGUGGCGGCAGGACAUGAGCAUCUCACUGGCGGCUCUAGAGCUCCUCUCUGGCCUGGCAAAGGUGAAGGUGCUGGUUGACUCAGGAGACCGGAAGCGAGCCAUCAGUUCCGUGUGCACCUAUAUUGUGUACCAGUGUAGUCGGCCCGCUCCCCUUCACUCCCGGGAUCUGCACUCCAUGAUAGUGGCAGCUUUUCAGUGUCUCUGUGUCUGGCUGACAGAGCAUCCUGAUAUGCUUGAUGAAAAGGACUGCCUUAAGGAAGUUCUGGAGAUUGUGGAACUGGGUAUCUCAGGAAGUAAGUCCAAGAAUAGUGAGCAAGAAGUCAAGUACAAAGGAGAUAAGGAGCCAAACCCGGCGUCUAUGAGGGUAAAGGAUGCUGCUGAAGCCACUCUGACAUGUAUCAUGCAGUUGCUUGGUGCAUUUCCUUCACCCAGUGGUCCUGCCUCUCCCUGUAGUCUGGUGAAUGAGACCACGUUGAUUAAGUACUCCAGAUUGCCAACAAUAAACAAGCAUAGUUUCCGAUACUUUGUCUUGGAUAACAGCGUCAUCCUGGCAAUGCUGGAACAGCCCCUGGGGAAUGAACAGAAUGAUUUUUUCCCUUCUGUCACCGUGCUGGUCCGGGGAAUGUCUGGAAGACUUGCUUGGGCACAACAGCUCUGUCUUCUACCCAGAGGAGCAAAAGCCAAUCAGAAGAUUUUUGUUCCUGAACCUCGCCCAGUUCCUAAAAAUGAUGUUGGAUUUAAAUAUACUGUGAAACAUCGACCAUUUCCUGAAGAGGUAGACAAGAUUCCUUUUGUGAAAGCAGAUCUGAGCAUUCCAGAUUUGCAUGAAAUCGUCACUGAAGAAUUAGAAGAGAGACAUGAAAAAUUGAGAAAUGGCAUGGUUCAGCAGAUUGCUUAUGAAAUGCACCUUGAACAACAAAGUGAGGAGGAAUUGCGGAAGAAAACUUUUCCUGAUCCAAUUACAGAUUGUAAGCCCCCACCUCCUGCACAGGAAUUCCAAACAGCACGCCUUUUCCUUUCACACUUUGGAUUCUUAUCGUUAGAAGCAUUGAAGGAACCUGCAAAUAGCCGUCUACCUCCUCACCUUAUUGCACUUGACUCCACGAUACCUGGAUUUUUUGAUGACAUUGGGUAUCUGGAUCUCUUGCCGUGUCGUCCUUUUGACACAGUUUUUAUUUUCUAUAUGAAGCCAGGUCAGAAGACAAAUCAAGAGAUUUUAAAGAAUGUAGAAUCUUCAAGAACUGUUCAGCCCCACUUCCUCGAAUUUUUGCUCUCCCUUGGCUGGUCAGUAGAUAUAGGCAGACACCCUGGAUGGACCGGCCAUGUUUCCACCAGUUGGUCUAUUAACAGCUGCGAUGAUGGUGACGGAUCUGAACAAGAUGAAGUGAUUGCCUCUGAAGAUAUUGGGGCCAGCAUUUUCAAUGGACAGAAGAAGGUGCUGUAUUAUGCUGAUGCCCUUACGGAAAUAGCUUUUGUGGUUCCUUCUCAUGUGGAGUCCUUAACUGAUUCAUUAGAAAGUAACAUCUCGGACCAAGAUAGUGAUUCAAAUAUGGAUCUUAUGCCAGGAAUUCUAAAACAGCCAUCUCUGACACUUGAGCUUUUCCCCAAUCAUACAGACAAUCUUAAUUCUUCACAGAGGCUCAGUCCCAGUUCCAGAAUGAAGAAGCUGCCUCAGGGGCGCCCUGUGCCUCCCCUUGGACCUGAGACCAGAGUUUCCGUAGUCUGGGUGGAGCGCUACGAUGAUAUAGAAAACUUUCCCCUAUCAGACCUUAUGACAGAAAUCAGUACUGGUGUGGAAACUACUGCAAAUAGCAGCACAUCUCUGAGAUCAACCACUCUUGAAAAAGAAGUUCCUGUCAUCUUCAUCCACCCUUUAAACACUGGAUUAUUCCGGAUAAAAAUUCAAGGAGCCACUGGAAAAUUUAACAUGGUCAUCCCUCUCGUGGAUGGGAUGAUAGUCAGUAGGAGAGCACUUGGGUUCCUGGUGAGGCAGACUGUAAUAAACAUUUGUAGAAGAAAGAGACUAGAGAGUGACUCCUACAGUCCUCCCCAUGUGCGCCGAAAACAGAAGAUCGCUGACAUCGUCAACAAGUACCGCAACAAACAGCUGGAACCAGAGUUUUAUACUGCACUUUUCCAGGAGGUCGGACUCAAGAACUGUAGUUCUUAGACCACUGUCUGUGUUGGACUAUUUAACUCCAAUUUUGGGCUAAAAUAUCAAAACAAAACUAUUUGACAGGUGAUCACUGUAAAAAUAAAAACAAAUCACUCCCUAAGAGCUUACCGUUUAAUCACC